UCGAUGCUGCGACACAAUGCAGCAGCGUUUUUUCACAAAACAUGCAUGACGCAACGCGAACAUUAGAGCACGCACGUACAGCGCGCGCGACUUGCUUGAGGUUGUGGAGCCUAAGCUUCUCCAGUAACCACAUCAAAUUUACCUACGUUAUCUGUCUGCUGCUUCAUCAUGAGGACCAUGAUGUGACUAAGCCGAUUGGAGAGGCGCCUGGCGCAAAUGGCACUUGCUGUAUGUGCUGCCCCAAUACAGCGCACGGUCCUGGGUUUGAGAGCUGUAUUGACUAUUGCUGUGCAUUAAGGAUAGAGGCACCCGCAGCAUUUCGGAGACAGCGCUUCGCCUUGACCAACAUGGGCGACGAAGCCCCAGCUCCUCGCUGCGGCGACGUGCUGCAGUCAAUGUGGGAGCAAACACACCAGCAGCUGCAGCUAUCACGCGACUUGGAGGCGCAUUUGCAAGAUAUGCUCGACGCGUCUAAGCAGCUCAGCAGGGACAUUUUUGGGGCGCUGGAGCGCCUUGAAUCGCCCCAAAAGCGAUGCGCGUGGGCCCUUACGGCGAUGCAGGAGCAGCAGCGCUCGCCGAAGCUGCUGCGUCUUACGCAGCGCGCUGCAUCAUUAUUGCCAGCUGAGACCGCUGGCGUCGGCCACGCCGCCCCGUCCACGCAUGACCGCGGCAAGGACCGCUUAGUCAGCGAAACCGAGGCCGGCGGUGCCGCGCCGGUUCCCUCCACGGACGAAAGCGACUGGGGCCGUGUAGCGGCGGCAGGCAACAGCGGUGGGGGCGCAACGGGCGGCAGCGGCAGCCAGCAGCAGCAGCAGGGCGGCGGCGGCGGUGGCGGCGGCGGCGACACUGGCAGCGGCGGGCUGCAUAGAUUGCAGCUGAGCCGCAGCAGCGGCGUUAGCGGCUUCGGCGCCGCUGCUGCGGCAUUCCCGCCGCCGCGCAUGCUGUCGCCAUCACCAUUGCUACUACUGCCGCAGCUAACGCAACAGGUAACGGGGGGAGCCGCACCGGAUGCGCAGCCGUGGCCCAACAGUACUGCACGGCUAGCACAGGCGGUCGCCUUUAUCGCUGAUAGCAGCAGCCGGCAGCAGUGGCAGCAGCAGAAGCGGGGCAGCCGUGGCCGCUACAGCCGCUAUGGCCGCCUGGCGCACAGCAGACGGCGGGCUACUGCUGAAGGUGAUGACUGUGUAGACGGCAGUAGCAGCAGCUGCAGCGGCAUGUCUUCAGCCGCCGCCACCGCUGAUGCUGAUGCCGCGACUGCCACUGCGCAUGCUGGUGCGGGCGCUGCUUCUUCCCACCCUGCUCGUGUCAGCAGCUUCACCAGCGGCGGCAGCUGCAGCCGCGGCAGCGGCGGAGGCGGCGGCAGCGGCGCAGGCCUGCUGCUACUAGGCGAAGACGGUUUGGGCGGUGGCAGCAGUGGCCUGAUGCUGAUGAGCCAACCGUUGUCACUCACAACCACUGGCAAUAAUUGCAGCAGCAGAAGCAGUAGCUUUGCCCCGCUGGCGGCGCACUCACGCGGAUCGCCGCCGUCCAAUCCUUCGUCCCCACAGCAACAGCAGCAGCCGUCUGCAUGCGGCCGCGGCCUCAAUAGCCACACAGCAGCAGCAGGAGUAGACAAUGCCUCCUGCUGGCCCGUUCCUGUGCCAGGACCCCAAGGCGGGUUCCAACAGCAGCCUACGUCAUCCACGCCGCCGGCGCCACCGGGCGCGCCACUACUGCUGCUGCUGCCAUGGACUGUGCCCCCGCUGCUGCCGCAGUCAACAGCAGCAGGAGGAGGAGCCAACCCCUGGCAUGCAUUCACAGCGGCGGAUCUGCAAGGCAGCUUCCAGCAGCAGCAGCCGGCGGUAUCCGCGCCGCCGCCGCCGCCGGACGCGCAACAUCUGCUGCGACCCCUGCUGCCAUGGGCGGCUGCUGUGUCCGUCGCCCAACAGCAGCCGCGGCAGCCGCAGCAGCAACAGACCGCUUCAGCGCUUCCCCUCCCUGCUAGUGAUGAUGCUUACGUUGCUGCCGCCGCCACAGCAGCACCAACUACAGCAGCAGCCAACAUAACAGUUCUGGCACCUGUCGUGGCCGCGGCGGCUGGUUCCGUGGAGGAGGAGGCAGGCUCCACCGCUGCAGCGGCGGCGGCGGCAGGCCCUGUUUUCGUCCCAGUAGCCGCUGCAGCCGCUGCAGCUGCUGCGCCCGCCCGCUCGGGGCUGGAGGAGGCGGGCGAGCAGCAUCUGGCGCUGCUUGACUUCAGCAGCACUUCUGGAUCCGCCGGGUUUUGGAACCUGGCUUUUGGCGAUGAUGAAGAAUGGCUUCUGGCAUAACCUCUCAUAGGUUUUGGUGCACAGAUACUUGACACUUGUAUGAUUAUGAAGAGCUUGCCCAUAUGCCCAUGCAUUAACCAAGCACGCACGCACGCACUUGGGCGGCCCCAUCCUACCCUACCUACCCCAUGCAUGUUGAUGGGGGCCCAAUGCAAAUGAGCGCGUCGUUUGGCAAACAACUUUGAACAAGUACGUGCGUAACAAUGUGGUGGCACGUACGUUUCCCAUGCGUGCAUGCGUGCUUCGGCGGCGGGGGGACCACCUCGCUCCCUGACUUGUUCGAAUGGCGGUUUCCUUUGUUAGGUGUCUCUUCGCCACGCUGUAGAUGAAAGCAAAGGACAAGUAAGGCGAAGAAACAUAUGUGCGUGGACACGUGUGGUACGGUAGGGGGACCACCUGCAUCCCUUGUCCACGUACGCACGUGAUGUUUCCUGUGCUUGGCUGGCGUCUCAGUUAGUUGUAAUGCGGCUAGCAGCUGGUGACAUGCAUACUGCUGGCAGGCUCGAUUGUCAUGUACAUACACCGGCGUGGGCUGUCAUGUGUCAGGUUGCUUGUGGCAAUGGCAGUAGCAGUAGCAGCAAGGCUCGUACCGUAGUAGCAACAACUGGCUUACGUGCUUGUAGUAGUAGCACUAGCAGUAGGUCUCAGUGAUCGCCAACUUGUGCGUGACGCGUUUGUGCAUGCGCAUUCAAAGUUGUUACAUUGUUUGCCUAGCUGUUUUGACUAACGUUCGAGACGGGCCCUGCCUGGCGCGCACACGUACGUGGACCGCUGCCCGGGCUGCUGCCCGCCGGGCUGCGCCACGGCCACCACCAGGCGCAGGGCAUGUAUGCCAGCGCUGGCGGCGUGGCCCAUGUUGCCUUUUGUGCAUACAAAUGUAAGUUUCUCGGCAGGUUCGCGUUUGAGCAGAUGCCCUAAUGGACUGAUCGAGCAAGGUGUAAGGGGUUGGAGGUGUCGGAUGAGACUUGGGUGACCGCGUAUUCACUAGAAGAUUCGUAAGAGGCAUGAGUCAGGGCCCAGCCCUGUCUCGAACAGGGAACGAACGU